AUGAGUUCAAUCCCGAUUGAUCUCAUUGUCGAGAUAUUCUUGAGAUUGCCUUCAAAGUCAGUAGCUAGGUUUCGUUGUGUGUCAAAGCAAUGGGGUUCCAUACUUUACCGUCCAGAUUUUACGGAGUUGUUCUUGACCAGGUCAUCGGCUCUUCCACGUCUCUUAUUCGUCGUCAAAUUCGACCGGGGUGACUUCCACUUGUUCUCGUCGCUUCAGCCUCAGAAUCCAUAUGGAAAGCAGUCGUCUCUUUUAGUAACCGCCGAUUUUCGUAUGAAGUUCAAUAGAUACUUGUUUCUGAGCUUAUGUCAGUAUGCCUCCGGUUUGAUCUAUUUCCUUCAUGAGCGGACCAAGAUCCGUGAUAAGUGGCGCUCACACGAGGAAAGGGAUGUAUUGCAUGCGAUUUGUAACCCUAGCACAGGACAGUAUGCUGUCUUGCCUGAACUGAAAAGGGACAGAUGUACGGAUUUCUUUUUAGGGUUUGAUCCGAUUGACAAACAAUUCAAGGUAUUGUCCAUUGUUGCAUAUCGAUUUAGUGAUAAUAGAAUUCUAACAUUGGGACCUGAAGAAUUGAGGUGGAGGAAGAUCCAUAGUCCAUUAACCCAUAGGCCUUUGAGUCAAGGGAUAUGCAUCGAUGGGGUUUUGUAUUACUUAAGUCGCCGAACUGAUGAUGACACGUCUUAUGCGGUAGUUUGUUUUGAUGUUCGAUCAGAGAAUUUCAAGUUUCUUGACGAAGAAGUAUUCCCUUCUUCUUGCCCUAUAUUGAUAAAUUAUAAGGGUAAAUUAGGUCUAUUUUUUCGAAAGUAUGACGUCGCCGAUGCCAUCAAGUUGUGUUUGUGGGUUCUAGAUGAUGUCGAGAAACAUGAAUGGUCUAAAUAUGCAUUCUACAUUUCGGGGGAUGAUGAUAACAAAAUCGAUGAUUGCCAAAAUGUUAACGUUGUUGGAGUGGCAGCUACUACAGGUGAGAUUGUGUUGGCGGAGAAACCUUCUUGUAUAUCUAAACCGUUCUAUGUUUUCUACUUCAAUCCCGAAAAGAACACUCUCCAACGUGUUGAAAUCCAAGGUCUUGGUUUUGGUUUGGGAAAAUUCUGUUAUGAAGAUCGUUAUUUUGUUGAAGUCUUUGUAGACUAUGCAGAGGAUCUUAAUGUUAACGAUGCAAAGAUAUUCAAGCCAAGCCAGGGACUUGAUAUCAUUUGGAAAAGGCCAAUACCACAACAUCCGGAAGAGGUAAGAGACCAAAGGGACAUGAGCUAG